UUAUUACAAAAAUCAAGUUUACUUGAAAAUUUAAUAUCUCUACAAAAGAAGAUUCUUUUCGACUGAAACUUUCAGGAUAUUCUAAGAAUCAUUCCACUUAUCUAUGGGCUAUAUCACAAGCCGAAAUCCUAUUAUUUGAUUUUUUAGUGAUCAAAAAUUCAGUAAAACGGUCAAAACUCAGCUCCACAGGCAUACCGACAUGAAUGCUUCUAGGCUUUUUCUAGUUUUACGGAGAUUUUCUUGUAGGCUCAGACGAUGUAGGUAUCAGUUUGGAUUGUUCUCUCGUGAGAUACUACUAAAAGGUCUUAAUGUCAACUCUUAUCCUUCAUAAAUGUGCACUAAUAUUGCCUUUUUUAUAUGAGAAUAUUUGCAGAUAUUCUAAACGUUGAUUAGUUUGAUCAAAUUAAAAAACAAUUUUUUUCCUGUUAUAAAUUGUUAUUUAUAUCUUAAAAUAAUUUCUAUUUGUGUGCAUAUGAGAAAAAAAAAACGAAUGUGUUUCUCUUUUGCAUGAUUUUUCUGCUUUUAAAUACAAGCUAAAUGGUUCAUUGAAGCACAACAUGAUCAUAGAAGUUAUAAUUUGUUUUUUUUUGUUGUUGUUUUCUAUGAGUAUUAAUCGCUUUUUCUACUUGAAAUGUUCAUCUUGUUUUUGAUCUUAUUCUUUAUUCAUAGAAAUCAUUGAAUAAAAACAAUGAAAAGAAAGUAAAAAAAGCAAAAGAAAAAAUAUAUUCAUCGACAACGUCGUCGUCAUCAUCAUCAUCAUCAUCAUCGAUUUACUAUACAAAUAUGUCAAUACCAAAUAUAAAAAAAUAUGAUAGUGGUUUUUCUGAAACAGCAACAACAUUAUCAUCAAUACAACAAUCAGAAUCAAUGCUUGAACAAAUACUUUCUUUCGAAAGAAUUUAUUAUGAAAAUUUAAAACAAUAUAUUAUUAAAUAUUCAAGACCUUUAAGACGUUAUUUAAAUCCAGAUGAAAUUGUUGAUCUUUUUCAAAAUAUUGAAAAAAUUUCUGCUAUAUCAGAAUCAAUUGUUCGUCAAUGUGAAAAAU